CGGAGAGAGACAGAUGGAGAAAGUGAAAGAAUCCUGAGGAGAAAACACGGGAAAACCGAGAGAGGAGCGUCCCGUACAGCCGUGAUAGAGGGUUGGGAAGAGGAGGAGGAAGAGAGAUUGAGAGAGGAGGAGUGGAUGGUAGAGAGCCGGAGACACAGCGCGCGGGAGGGAGAAAGAUGGCCUCGGUAACGGCGGAGAAUGGCUUCAGCACCGCGGACAGCUCCGGUAGGAUGAACGGACUCAACAGCGCGAUCCCGAUGAAAGAUCACGACGCCAUCAAGCUCUUCAUCGGUCAGAUUCCGCGCAACCUGGACGAGAAAGACCUCAAGCCUCUGUUCGAGGAGUUUGGAAAGAUCUACGAGCUCACGGUGCUCAAGGACCGGUUCACCGGGAUGCAUAAAGGAUGUGCCUUUCUAACGUACUGUGCCAGAGAGUCAGCGCUGAAGGCCCAGAGCGCUCUCCACGAACAAAAGACUCUUCCCGGGAUGAACCGGCCCAUCCAGGUGAAACCGGCCGACAGUGAAGGACGAGGAGAAGACCGGAAGCUGUUUGUGGGCAUGCUGGGGAAGCAGCAGUGUGAAGAAGAUGUGCGGCGGUUGUUCGAGGCGUUCGGACAGAUAGAGGAGUGCACCGUGCUGCGGGGGCCUGAUGGGGCCAGUAAGGGCUGUGCUUUUGUAAAGUUUUCCAGUCAUGCAGAAGCCCAGGCUGCGAUUAACAGUCUCCACGGUGGACAGACGAUGCCGGGUGCAUCCUCCAGUCUGGUGGUGAAGUUUGCAGACACUGAUAAGGAACGGACUCUGCGCCGGAUGCAUCAGAUGGCCGGUCAGCUCGGCCUCUUCAGCCCCAUGACCAUCCAGUUUGGAGCGUAUGGAGCUUACACACACGCUCAGAUCCUGCAGCAGCAGCAGGCUGCGCUCAUGGCAGCGACGCAGGGCUCGUAUCUCAACCCCAUGACUGCGAUCGCCGCCGCUCAGAUGCAGCAAAUGGCAGCUUUCAACGUCAACGGCCUGGUGGCUGCCCCAAUGACACCGUCUUCAGGCACCAGCACUCCUCCAGGCAUCAGUGCCUCCGCUGUGCCCAGCAUCACAGCUCCUCUCGGGGUGAACGGCUUCAGCGCUCUCCCUCCCCAAAGCAACGGACAGCCCUCCUCUGAACCCAUCUACACCAACGGCAUCCAUCCGUACCCAGCGCAGAGCCCGACGCUGGCCGAUCCUCUCCAGCAGGCGUAUGCCGGCGUGCAGCAUUAUGCAGCAGCCUAUCCUGCCGCUUAUGCGCCAAUCAGCCAAGCGUUUCCCCAGCAACCAGCCAUCAUCCCCCAGCAACAGCGUGAAGGACCCGAGGGCUGUAACCUGUUUAUUUACCACCUGCCACAAGAGUUCGGCGACGCGGAGCUCAUGCAGAUGUUUCUGCCCUUCGGCAACGUCAUUUCUGCCAAAGUCUUCGUGGACCGAGCAACCAAUCAGAGCAAGUGUUUCGGAUUCGUCAGCUUUGAUAACCCGUCCAGCGCUCAGGCAGCCAUUCAGGCCAUGAACGGCUUCCAGAUCGGCAUGAAGAGACUCAAAGUCCAGCUGAAGCGGCCCAAGGACGCCAACCGGCCGUACUGACCCUGAACUGACCGCUCACAGAUUGAAGGACUACAACCCCUAGCUUCCACAAGUGCAGUAUCGAAAGACGUUUGCUCUGCUACAUAUCACGGGA